GUAAUCCAGUGACCACCGUUGGGAUUUUUCUCCGAAUGACUCUUGUUUUUAACAUUUACUCCACAGAUGAUUGGUUCCAGAUAUUUACUACUGCUGCUCUUAGCUCUGCCUCAAUCAACGCUGGGGCAAAAAGAUUUCUCUCCGCCAUUUGCACGCUGUAGCCUUUUUGGAGACGAUCACAUUAAAACCUUCGACGAACUCCUGUAUGAUUUUGCCGGAGACUGCAGCUACCUGCUCGCUGGAGACUGUGAGAAGAGGUCUUUCCUCUUACUUGGUGACUAUCACAAUGGCAAAAGAAUCAGCCUUUCUCUCUACCUGGGAGAGUAUUUUGAGAUUCAUUUAUUCUUAAAUGGAACCGUGACUCAAGGUGAAAAAAGGUAA